UUAUCUCACUUUCUAUUACCAUGGACUUUUACCAACCCACCCUCCUUUUCAGACAAAACGCCAUCAGAAGAAGUCCUGAAAGCAGCCAGCUGAGUUUGGACUUGGUUGAGUACAAAACAAGAAACCCUUCUUGGAUCUUCGACCCCAACACUUCCAGAGACACAAAGAUUCUCAACAAGAUCUGCUCUCUUGACAGACUCAACAUCAAAUCCAACUAUUGGAAAAUCCCUGAUAAUAACAUGAACUUGACAGCUAUGGCCAUAAAAACAAAUGAUAAUAAUGGAACCCUCGCCAUUUCAUCAGCAAACGAUAAUUCCAACCUCUUCAUCUAUGAGGUCGACCUUCAGGAUGCAUAUCUCAAGCACCACAACACAAUUUCACUUCCAAACAUCCAUGCCAUGAAAUGGGUUCCAGGAACAUCAAACCUUUUAGUGACCGGUAACAGCAAGGGGUACGGCCAUUUGAUAUCGGUACCGGAGCCUGGAAAUCAAACAAGUGCAGAAAUAGUAAAGAGAUUCAACCACAGAAAACAUCUACGGUCUAUUAACAAAGACUCGAGCAUCCUCCACCAGUCUUCAUCUAAAAUCGAUAAAAUGGCAUUCAACUCAAACCGGCUGUUGAUCAGUAUCUAUGAUAACAAUCUCUUCAACUGGGAUGUUAAUGAUUGUACGGCAGCAGCCAGACCUAAACCUGUUUCGAUCACCAGCAUCAACGGACUUGCCAAUUUCGAUACUUCUCCCAAUGCCAACGUUCUCGGGAUCUGUGGACGGUUUGGUGUGUCAAUAUUUGACCUCCGUGACCCACAAUUUUCAGUUCCCAGGGCAGUUGAAAAUGAGUGCAAGAAAACCAAGUUGGGUUCCAAUUUGAUCAAAUGGUCCGACGACGAGUAUAUUUUCGCAGCCAGCCAUUUGGAUGGAGUAAUAAGGUUGUGGGAUGUGAGAAAACAAGAUUGUUUCGGAACACUAAAUGCCCAGCAUGGCAGCCUGGUUAGCAGUAUGCAAUGGGUUGAUGGUGAUCUUUUCAGUGGUGGCCGUAAUGGACACAUUAUUCAUUGGGAUUUGACGAGUGAUAUCACCGACUACGAUUACGAUUUACAACGGUGCGGUGUUAAAGAAGGGCUCAAUAGUGUUCAGUUCGACCCGGUGGCCAACCAGGCUGACGAUAUCGCGGGCCAGAGACUGUGUGGUACUAUUCUUCCUGCUUCCAACACGAGCAUUAUUUCACUUGAAACAGUCGAAACAGUCGACGAUUUGAAGGUUUUAUCCAUUGAUGGAAGCUCUUUCUUUGGACUCCAUUCACGCAUAUACGAUGCUGUGGAUGUACAGUACCGCUCACAGAAACUCUACUAUACCCACGAUGACCUCGUCAUGAUGGGUGAACGCUCGGACGAGACCUUGGUCAAUGAUACAGGCCUGAUCCAUAGCCUAGAGAAGCCACUUGCUAUCACUAGGAAAAAUACCACAGCAUCGUCGGCCAAAUCAAUUUCCAGAAACAACUCCAUUUCUGUGGUCCGCAACACCUCGAUGGCUUCUCACAAGUCCAUCACAUCCAUUAGGUCCACCAAUUCUGUCGCUGAAAUUGAAGUACCCACCGGUUCUACUGACACCCUUCUCAAUAUGCCGAUUGAGACAGCAGAACUUGAUGUGGACUUCAAGUUUGGGCCAGCAUCGAGGUCCAACAGUCAAAGCCUGAGUCUGGUGGUUAUGUCGCCCGAGUCGCUCAACUCAUUUGCUGCUUCUUUCGACUCGGUGGCCACCACUGUGGACGAGCAACCGGUCCCAGAAGCGUCCACACAUAAGUACACGCUUUCAGAUAUCCAAUUCGAUGACGACCUUAGUUUUGGCAUCAACAGUUCGUACUUAGUAACAUAGUAUAUAGUCAGCAUAGCAUACACCUUUUUCGCAUCCACAGUUCAGUUGGCUUUGCUCAGCCGAACAAUUCGCACCUGCGGGGCGUGUCGGGACCACCUCGCAAAAGGGUGAAAUGACAAAUUUUACAUAAGGUAAAAAUUCGUAACAACCUAUCUAUCCUCCAUUGUGGUUCUGAAAGUUUGUCAUUGCAUUUGUUGGUUUAUUUCGAACAAUAGACGUUUGCAGAUAUUCGUCAAUCCUUGUGAAUUCACUCCUGUCGACUGAUUUGUUGAUUCCCUCAUUAUCCUUUGUAUUUAUUGCAUAGCUGGGAUUCCUUUUCAUUUGAGUCAUCCCAUACGGCCUACCACAAACAAUCAGUUGUGUUGAUUAUUAGUGCCGGAGAAUAUUUACAUACUUGUUUGACUGUUUUUGCAUACCUUAGGUUCGAUUCGUUCUUUUCCCAAUUGCUAACAUGUCAUCGUCCAGAACUUCUCCUAUUAGCGUGAAAGUGGUGGCUGCCGAAUCUCUUUAUAAGCGAGACGUGUUUCGCCAACCCGAUCCAUUUGCCGUCAUCACCGUCGACGGCUCACAGACAAAAACUACCAAAACUGCAAAGAAGACUUUGAACCCCUAUUGGAAUGAAUCAUUUAAAUUCAGUUCAAGUGAAGACUCGAUAUUGGUCAUUCAAGUGUUUGAUCAGAAGAAGUUCAAGAAAAAAGAUCAGGGGUUUUUGGGUGUUGUUAACAUCAGAAUUGGUGAUGUUAUAGACUUGUCCUUGCCCAACUCCGAAGAAACCAUCACUCGAGACUUGAAAAAGUCAAAUGAAAAUUUGGCUGUCAGCGGGAAAAUCAUUGUCGUGAUAAGCCAUAACCCUUCCGGCGCUAAUGGUGCAAGCAGCAGCCCCAGAUCUCUGGCCUUAGCGAACGGUUCCACCACACCUACACCUGGUCCACCUCCUGCCGCGGGUACCGCGAGUGCCGCCGGAACUGCUGCAAACAAACAGUACUCCUCUUUUGAAGAUCAGUAUGGAAGAUUACCACCAGGAUGGGAACGGAGAACCGACAAUUUCGGCCGCACUUACUACGUUGACCAUAAUUCUAGAACAACUACUUGGCAAAGACCUAACUUGGACCAAUCUGAAACAGAAAGAGGCCAACAAAGAGAGGAUACCACUGAAGCCGAAAGAAGACAACACAGAGAUCGUACUUUGCCUGGUGAAAGCUCUGCGGGUAGCUCUGCCACUAGUGGUAACGUUACUGUGAAUGCGAGUGGUGCCAAUACCCCCGUGAGUCCCGCUGCUGCUGUUUCAAUGGCUGCUACCGGGGCUACCACCAGUGGGUUAGGGGAACUUCCAAGUGGUUGGGAGCAACGAUUUACCAAUGAAGGAAGACCUUAUUUUGUUGACCAUAAUACGAGAACGACCACCUGGGUGGAUCCGAGAAGACAACAGUACAUAAGAACUUUUGGUCCUAACACAACUAUCCAACAACAGCCUGUGAGCCAGUUGGGUCCUUUACCAUCUGGGUGGGAAAUGAGAUUAACAAACACGGCCAGAGUAUACUUUGUGGAUCAUAAUACCAAAACAACUACCUGGGAUGACCCUAGAUUACCUUCAUCAUUAGAUCAAAACGUUCCUCAGUACAAGAGAGAUUUCAGAAGAAAGGUGAUUUACUUCAGAUCUCAACCGGCGUUGAGAAUUUUACCGGGCCAAUGCCAUAUCACUGUUAGAAGAGAUCAUAUUUUCGAAGAUUCAUAUCAAGAAAUCAUGAGACAAACUCCUGAAGACUUGAAGAAGAGAUUAAUGAUCAAGUUUGACGGAGAAGAAGGUUUGGAUUAUGGUGGAGUGUCCAGAGAAUUCUUCUUCUUGUUGUCCCACGAUAUGUUCAACCCAUUUUACUGUUUGUUCGAAUACUCUUCUCAUGAUAAUUACACCUUACAGAUCAAUCCUAACUCGGGUAUAAACCCAGAACAUUUGAACUACUUCAAGUUCAUUGGUAGAGUGGUUGGUUUGGGUGUUUUCCACAGAAGAUUCUUGGAUGCUUUCUUUGUCGGUGCAUUGUAUAAGAUGAUGUUACGCAAGAAGGUUGUAUUGCAGGAUAUGGAGGGUGUUGAUGCUGAAUUCUACAGAUCGUUGAAGUGGAUAUUGGAUAACGACAUCACUGAUGUGUUGGACUUGACAUUCAGUGCUGAAGAUGAGAGGUUUGGUGAAAUUGUUGAAGUCGAUUUGAAGGAAGAUGGUAGAAACAUUGAAGUGACCGAAGAGAACAAGCACGAAUACGUUGAAUUCAUAACCGAAUGGAAGAUUUACAAGAGAGUUGAAGAGCAGUUCAAGGCCUUUAUAAGUGGAUUCAACGAAUUAAUUCCUCAAGAACUUGUUAAUGUCUUUGAUGAAAGGGAAUUAGAAUUAUUAAUUGGUGGUUUGGCUGAGAUCGAUGUUGAAGACUGGAAGAAACAUACUGAUUACAGAGGAUACCAGGAAAGUGACCAAGUCAUCCAAUGGUUCUGGCAAUGUAUCAAGGAAUGGGACUCAGAACAGAAGGCUAGGUUAUUGCAAUUUACCACUGGUACUUCCAGAAUCCCUGUGAAUGGAUUCAAAGACUUACAAGGUUCAGACGGUCCAAGAAGAUUCACCAUUGAAAAAGCCGGUGAAUCAAAUCAAUUACCCAAGUCACACACUUGUUUCAACAGAGUUGAUUUACCACCUUAUACUGAUUAUGAGAGUUUGAAACAGAAAUUGACGUUGGCCGUGGAGGAGACAGUUGGAUUUGGUCAAGAAUGAGGAGGGGGUCAUAUUUUUCCAACUUUUAUUUUAAUUUUACAAGCUUCUUUCAUUUCUCAAUCAAAACAUGCUUCUUACAUCCACGGGUUCAUAGGGACGACCCUGAUUUUAAUAGUUUAUACAUAAUUAAAGAACAUGGUAUCAUUGCUUUGAA